AUGGCUUCGGAGUUUACAUCAACCGAGAGCAACGCGAUGCAGGUUUAUGCUCCAAGCAUUGUUUUCUUUCUUGUUACACCUCUUUUCAUAGCUUUCCGAUUCUGGAGUCGCAUAACACGGAGAACGGGGCUAGGCUGGGAUGACAUGACCAUUAUAAUAUCUUUUUCAUGUGCUGUGGCUGUUCAGACCAUCAUGAUGGUUGCGUGCAAUUAUGGCUUUGGCCAACAUAUCAAGACACUGACCCCAAGUGACAAGAUAAUAUCACUCAAGAUCUUCUACAAACUCACCAUGAACCUGGCCAAGAUCUCAAUGCUCCUCCUCUACCUCCGCAUCUUCGUCCACAGAUGGUUCCGCAGGUGUUGCUUUACUCUCAUGGGUCUUGUCACCUGUUACAUGAUAGCCUCAGUGACCCUGUCUAUCUUGCAAUGCUAUCCCAUCAGCGGCGCCUGGGACAAGUCGAUGCCCCCCACUUGCAUCGACCUGGAAAAGUUCUGGCUCGCAAACGCUGGCUUCUCUAUCGCGACAGACAGUCUGAUAUUGAUGCUUCCCAUGCACCCUAUCUGCACUAGCAAACUGUCGGUCACUCAAAAGAGAGGGCUGAUCAUGCUUCUCGCUACGGGCGGUGGUCUUGUCAUCACAACGUCUAUCGUGCGCACGACAACUCUCUCAUUCACAGCUAAAACUCCCGACACAACUUUCAACAUCAGUUCCACCAUGUGGUCUAUCAUCGAACAAAACCUAGCCAUCAUCUGCACAUGCCUACCAAUGUGUCGCCUUCCCAUCGCCACCCGCUUCCCACUUUGGGUCUCCGAGUCAGAGUUAACAGCACGUGAUGUCUCCGAACCUGCCGACCUAUCCAAACGUCAGACUAGACGGUGGAGUCCUUACACUGGACCCAGGAACGUACAAGGGAUCACGCGAAGCAUAGUCAUCACCAGCGACGAAAUGAGCGACGAACUCACGUUGGAUCCCGUGGAGAGAACCUUCACCAUGUCGACACUGUCGAGCGACAUUGGUGCGAUACGGAAGAUUGUUGAGUAUGAAAUCACAUUCGAGACUGCAUCCGAAGCCGAACCCUAG